AUGGACCUGGGAUCCUUUGCAAGUAUCUCCAAGGCCGCAAACACCUUCAGAAAGCAAGCAUCGCGCCUGGACAUUCUGAUGCUAAAUGCUGGCAUCAUGAUCACGCCUGCUGGAUUGACCGAAGAUGGAUACGAGAUCCAAUUUGGCACCAACCAUAUGGGGCAUGCCUUACUCACCAAACUAUUGCUGCCAACUCUUAUCAACACUGCCAGCCUGCCAGACUCCGACGUUCGCGUUGUUGUGCUUUCAUCCGAAGCCCAUAACAUGGCGCCAAGCGAAGGCAUACUAUGGGAGACACUGAAAACAGAAGCCAAUGGCAUCGCUACCCGCGCUCGAUAUGGACAGAGCAAAUUGGCAAAUAUCCUUCACGCCCGGGAGCUCACUAAGCGAUAUCCCAAAAUCAAGGCCGUCUCUGUCCACCCCGGCAUGGUGAAGACAAACUUGGGCCAUGAAACAGCCAGCCAGAGCAUUGUGAUAAGAACCGCCCUAACUGUUGCUAGAGCAGUUGUUGGCGUAGACGCCGCUACUGGAGCGCUGACUCAGCUAUGGGCAGCGACAGGGAAAGGCGUUAAGGCUGGAGAGUAUUAUGAGCCUAUCGGUAUUACAGGCCGUGGCAGCAAGUGGACCACGGAUGAGGAACUAGGGGUUAAGCUGUGGAAAUGGACCGAGAGUGAGAUUGAGGAUUAUAAAGUGGAGAAGUAA